AUCAAUUAACCUGAACCGCGGUAAACAGAUUUUUCAUAAAACUACAAAAAUUCGUUGUUUUUCUUUUUAAAUGAAAACAUAACCAAUUUUUUCACAGAUUUGAAAACAUGAAAUGUCUCCUAAGUGGCUCCAAUUCGCGAAUCUUCGCCAAAGCCAUUCAAUCCUUGGCCAAAUUUGGAACCGAUCUCUACAUCGUAGCCGACGAAAAUGGCUUUCAAUUGCGUUCCAUUAACCCCAACAAAUCCGCAGUUGGAACAUUUAAAUUCUUCAUAAGAUUCUUCGAUACCUAUGAUGUCUCUGAGGGGUCCAGUGAUGACGAGAACUGCUGUCGCAUCUCGAUGAAGGCGAUUUUGGGGGCUUUUAAGAGCAUGAAGCAGGUGGAGACUUGUACAAUUCAAAUAGAACCUUCACGAUCGAAGCUUUUGGUUCAGAUGAAUUGCAAACACGAAACAGUGAAGCAUUUUAUCAUAUCAAUCAUCGAUGAUGACAGCGUCACGGCGGAUGUUCCAAUGGACAACUUUCCUAAUUUAAUUGGUGGCUCAUAUAAGAUAUUUCAGGAAAUCGUUUCGAACUUCCAAACCGCGGAGGAGGAAAUCACUUUCGAAGUGCGGACAGAUAAAGUAAACGUCAAGAACUACGUGGAGGGGUCACUAGUCAAUGAUAAGUUCAUGAGAUCCCAGUUGAAGCUCACGUCUGAUGAGUUCGAGGAUUACAACAUUUCGGAGCAAACCUCCGUCACGUUCUGUCUCAAGGAGUUCAGAGCAUUCCUCAUGUUCUCAGAGGCUCUGUUUGAAAAUCUUAAUAUCAAAUUCCGGGACGCUGGAAGUCCGAUUGUGUUUGUGAUUGAGAAGACCAACUUCUUCGAGGGAACCCUCAUUAUGUCCACUUUGUCGCCCGAUGAAGUCACAAUGUGUGAAGACACUAAUUCAAGAGAGAUCACCGAGAGCUUCCUCUCGCGAUCGAGGACUCAAAAACCUGCCCCCAAACGAAAGGCAACUGCCAAGAAAGUUCCACCAGAGAAUAAGAGGCUGAAUAGCACAAGCAUGGCUCGCAGUAGGGCACAAGAGGAGUUGGCAAGUUCCGAUGAUUCGUCGAUCUUCCGAUUCGAUAGGCAGUCAGUGGAUCCUCCCAGAAAUGAACCAUCGACAGCGAAAAGUAUAGAACAGCCGCGAGUUCCAAGUCUGAGUGGUGUUCCAUCUCAAAGGAUAGACUCUGAUGUCACAUUUUCUGAGGCUGUGGAAAUGGAAACCAAUGCGCCACGUUCGGAGAGUGAAGUUUUCGUGACUUUCGUCGAAACUGAAGAAAAUCAACCGCAAAACGAAGAAAUAGCUCAGUCGCCUGGAAACGGGGAUGCCAAUCGAAAAGGACUGCGUUAUAUUUUCUCCAGAUGCUUCGAGGCGACGUAUGUGCCGCGAGAACCUUCUCCCACCGACUCGAUGUAUGUUCCUGACUCAGAUGAGGAGAAUUGAUUGAAAAGCAAGAACUAUUUUAUUUUUAUUUAAUAUUUAUUUCGGGAAUAAAGUUCGCCGUGAGAAUA